AUUGCUAAUCUCCGCUAGCGUAUUUUAACAACAAAUUGCGCACGUUAGCACCAUCCUUCGAAAUUAGCAAUGAUGGCAAUUCAUCCGCACACCCAAUCAUCUCGCUCAUCUAAGGAAAGCGCACGUUAGCACGGACCUCGGCCUCUCAAUCCCCUUACAAUAACUGCAUCGCGACGUGAUGGUGCUACUGCUACCACGAGCGAGACAUCAAGAACAAACAAACAGCAACAAACACACUUCACUGUUGCCUGCCUCGCAAGGCUCCUCCUCCGCAUCUUCCACACAAUCCAAAUUCCACAAACUCGAAUCGGGGAGCGAGCUCAGGGGUCGCCAUCAGCGAUCUGUUCGAUCGAUCUAAUCGGAGAGAAGAAGAAGAGUUUUCUGGAGAAGUCGAGUGGAUAUGGUGUAAUGAGGGAAGGGAGCAGGAGAUGGCUAGGGGAGAGUGGGGAUAUCAAGCCAGAGGGAAAUUGGGGUGUUCGUGUUCGUACAUGAAAAUCACUCUCUUUGUUUGCUUCAUCAACAUUGUUAUUGCUCUCUACGUUCUUCGCUCUCUCUACGCCUCCAUCUACGUUUACUCCGAUAACGAUUCCAAAAAUGUUGUAAAGUACACCCCAGAUCAGAUUAGGAAAAUGGAAGAGUCAAUUCAAAUUCGAAGAGUCAAAGAACCGAAGCAGCUUGUUAAACUGCUGAAAGGGCUUAAAGAGGAGUUCUCUAGCCAAUUACCUGUACCGACAUUGUCACAAGCGGUAAAGGAGAGGAUAACUGAUGAAAUUUUGCGGAGGUUAAGAAGCUUGAAUGCUAAUGCUAGUCUUAGUGAUCAGGAAGAAGCAGUUGAAAGCUGGCGCAAAGAAAAACUUCAAGAAGUUAAAAACUUGACCAUUGGAAGGGAGGGACUGAAUUCAACUAUUCUGCAAGAGGAAGCUGGGAUGCUUGUAAGAGCCUUGGAAUCUGACUGGGCUGUUUUGUUAGAGGAAAUUGGCCUCUGGAUACCUGCUCAAAUCAUUCACCAGGAACAUGAUGAUAAGCCUGAGGGCGCGGAAGAGUCUGAGGAAGAGAUUUUACCUGGUAGACCCCUUCCUCCUGAAUGUCAUCCUGAGCUUCAUACAGAUUAUGAUGGUGUUGCUGUUAGAUGGGGUCUCACUCACCAUAAAGAAAGUGCAGCUGACUGCUGCCAAGCUUGCUUAGAUCAUACUAAGCGAGCGAAACCAGGUGAUAAGAAAUGCAAUAUAUGGGUUUAUUGCCCAUCUGAGACUGGAUGCCAUUCUCCAGAUAUUUAUGAGCACAAAAAUCAAGAGUGCUGGCUGAAAUAUGCAGAGAAGCCUAGACUGAAUUUUAAGGACAGAUAUCCAGAAUCAUAUAGAAAUGCCCAUCCAAACGCACCAACGAUUGUCCCUUGGGUCUCUGGUGUUACCAGUAUGUGAAGGGAUCGCCCUUACACCUGAGUAUCUUUAAGUCUCAACUCUUAACAUUUUUGUCGAACUUCUCUGACGUGAAGCUGGCUCUACCACAAUCAGUAUGAAGCGCUGCUUACAUCAUUGAAUUUUGUCUUACGACGUUGUUUUGGUUUGGAGAAAUAGAGGAAGGGGACGGGUGGGAGAAUGAUUUUCGAGUUUACUUUUUAUUUACAGGUCAAUUUUUGUAACACGCGAUUGUGGUCAUAAGCCCAUGAUUUGAAGUUGGGAAGCCUGUUGCUUAGGUAAGCCGACUUGCAAGACACGAGAAAAAAAGUGUACUUGUUAAACAGAGUAUGUUGAUUGUAAUGGGAUAGGGGAAUUCUUUUAGUUGUAAUGGAGAUUUCUAUCUAAGCACAUUUGUCAACCCUCUUUUUUGAAAGAGGAGGUUGGUUUUCCUGUUUUUCUUUC